GAGGCGGAAGGAGCGCUGCGCAUGCGCGCUGCUGCUUGCUGCGGGCAGCAGGGGGCGGGCACCGCCCUGCGGAGGGGAGCGGGCGGGAGGCGCCGGCAGGUUCCGGGGCGAUGGCGAAGAACACGGUGUCGUCUGCGCGCUUCCGCCGGGUGGACGUGGACGGAAACAUGAUGGCUGCAUUGCAGGCAGCCCUAAAGAAUCCUCCAAUCAAUACCAAGAACCAAGCAGUAAAGGAUCGUGCAGAAAGCAUCGUCCUAAAAGUCCUCAUCUCAUUCAAAGCCAAUGAUAUUGAAAAGGCAGUACAGUCUCUGGACAAGAAUGGAGUUGAUCUGCUAAUGAAAUACAUCUACAAGGGGUUUGAGAGCCCCUCUGACAACAGCAGUGCUGUGUUAUUGCAGUGGCAUGAAAAGGCUCUCGCUGCUGGAGGUGUAGGGUCCAUUGUCCGUGUCUUGACUGCCAGAAAAACGGUUUAAGUCCAACAGCCAGUGACUGCUUGCUGUGGGUGUGCAAAAUGCUGGUACAAUGACCAAAACAACCAAAUGCCACUGCUGCCCUGGGGGUAGGGUCUGUGUCUCAGCUUGCCUUCUUGCUUCCUCUUUCAUAUCUGACAAAAUAUACAUAUCUGAUUUCCUGUUGUUGUUUGGGUAACAAGAGAUGCCAUUUUAUUUCUAAUAGGAGUAUUUGGUGUACUCAAAAGAUUUCAGUGACACAUACAGAAGUCUUUGUUUAGGAUGACUUGCAUUCAUGUAUAAUCAUGGCAGAUUUUGACCUGACUUUCCAAGCAGUUGCUGAGGGACUCAGGGCAGUGUCUUAAUUCUUUGGCUAACCAGGCAGUGUUCAUUGUAAGCUGUAUGUUCGAGAAGAUGGUGCAGCUAUUAAUGGAAACUGGACCGUGCUUCUCCUGGUCAAACUCUGAACCCCACAGCAGCAAAUAUGGUAGAAGAGCAAGUUUUGGCUCAAAAAUCAGAAUAUCCAUCCAGUGAGUUGAAUAUUUUUUUCCUAUGUCACAUUUACGGUUUAUCUUGGUUUACUUCGAUCAUUCAAGUCCCCAAUGGGAGAGUUUAUGCUGUAGAAUUGUCUAAACUCUAAGGCAUCACAACACAGUCAUAUGACGCAUGUAAGGAUGAAGUGAAGCUUUCCUAUUUUGGACUUGAUAUUUUGAUGAGGAAAGGUAGAAGGGGCUGUAUAGUUAAAUCCCAUUGUAACCUAUUGGGGCUGAGGAGAAAGUGAUUGUAGCUAUCGCAAUAUAAGAGCUGCCUUUUGGUAAUCUGAGAAAUGCAAACUGGGGCCUAAUGUGUUCAUUGCAAAGCUGCUUGAUCCUUGUUCAGGUACAUGGGAUCCAGAAGAGUAAUUUCUGAUCCCAACAGGUACACAUUCCGUGUUAUAUUUCAGUACAAAGUGACUUGGAUGAAUCAAGUCAAGUCCCCAAAACAACACAGGUGCUUUUUUAAAUUUUCCGAAGGCCCAGUGCAUCCCACCCCAGGGAUAACCUUGAAUGUGUAUGACCAGGAGCAAAGCCAACCUGUGUCUUGCAUUCACAUUUUAUACCAGUUCAGCUGUGUAAAACUGGUGAGGAACUUGUGAAAGUCUUUGCUGUUUUUUGAUACCUGCUUUUUUUGUAAACUGAUAAAAGAUCAGAUAAUAAAAUUGUCACUGAAUAUUUA